AUGGGACAGAUUGAUGUGCAACUCUUUCAUUACAUUGUCAAAGUUGGAAUCGGUACAUUCAAAUCCAAACCACAGUACAAAGAGUACCACUUAGAAAUGGACACCGGGAGCAACCUAGUAUGGAUCCAAUGUGAAGGCUGCACUAAAUGCUUUAAGCAAACACCAAAGCCAUUUCCCAAAGAAAAAUCCUCAUCUUUUCACCCUAUUCUCAUAAAAAACAUGCCUAUGACCUACGAGUGUGGGUACGAAGACGGAGCAAGCACCCGUGGUGUAAUGGCCAGAGAAACAUUUUACCUCAGAUCAAAUUCGAGCGGAUUGGCAACAGUCAAGAAAUUAGAAUUUGGUUGUGGUUUGUACAAUAAUAUGCAGUACGGAAACUAUAGAAACAACAAGAUUGCAGGAAUACUGGGUCUGGGAUGGGAUGAUCCAUCGUUCGCUAAACAGCUCAGCUCCCACAGCAAAGGCAAAUUCUCCUACUGCCUGCCUGUUGUGUCAAAGAAAACACCAAGCACAUAUCUGAGAUUUGGCGACGAUAUAGCCCUGUCCAAGAAUUCCAGAAGCACCCCAUUGUACAGAACAAACAUAAGCAGCUCUUAUCGCGUAGACGUCCAAGGAAUUAGCCUCAACAAAAGUAGGCUGAAAAUCAACCCAAAAGUGUUUGAAUUCAAGAAUAACGGCAGCUCAGGCGGGUGCAUAAUCGACUCAGGCACGCCAUAUUCAAGAAUCAUAACACCUGCAUUCGACAUAUUGAAACUAGAGCUCGAAAAAUACUUUUCCAGAUUCAAGAACUUAAAGAGAAUAAAAGCUAAUUUGGGCUUGGACUUAUGCUACGAGAGGAUCAAGCCUGAAGGGUUCAACAAUCUUCCUGAUCUUACUUUUCACUUAGGUGGAUCACAGGCAGACUUUGUCAUGAAGCCUGAGGCAGUUUUUGAGGUGGUUCCUCCAUCAUCUCGUCCCAUAAAGUCUCGUGAAUACUUUUGUUUGGCGAUGGUUAAGAACAAGAAGAUGUCCAUCCUAGGUUCUCAUCAGCAAACAAAUCAAAGGAUCAUACAUGAUACCAUGAAUAAGCGGCUACUCUUUUAUCAGGAGGAUUGUUCUAAAAAUCCAUGA